AUGUCGGGCUUGGACUACCUGGCGGCCGAGUGCCUGGUGUCCAUCUCCAGCGGGGCCCUGAUCCACCCGGCCUCCGCUGGGGCGCAGCGCGGGGGCCGGCCCGGCUCGGGGCUGUCCGACGGCGAGAGCUCCUCCUCGGUGGCCGGCGAGGGCGACUCGGAAAGCGGCUUCGCGCUCCUCCCGCAGGAGCCUCCCCCAAGAGCCGCCGCCGCCGCCGCCGCCGCGGCCAAAAGGCACCGGUGCCCUUUCCAAGGCUGCGGGAAGGUCUACGGCAAAUCCUCGCAUCUGAAGGCGCAUCUCCGGACGCACACGGGCGAGCGCCCGUUUCCCUGCAGCUGGCCCGGCUGCCAGAAGAGGUUCGCGCGCUCCGACGAGCUGGCCCGCCACUUCCGCACCCACACCGGCGAGAAGCGCUUUGCCUGCCCGCUCUGCGAGAAGCGCUUCAUGCGAAGCGACCACCUGACCAAGCACGCUCGGCGCCACCCUGCCUUCCAGCCGGGGAUGGUGCGGCGGCCGGACUGCCACAGUGCCUCCCCCAGUGACUCUGCCACCAGCAGCUUGGCUGGAAGCCCCACCCCGGACAGCCCCACUCCGGAUAGCCCUGCCCCCUUGAAUGGGUGUCCGUGAGGGUGGGCUGGUUGUCCUUCUCAGAACUGUGCAGGCCAGACCCAAAGAGGGCCCUCCGGCACCGCUCCGAAGUCCGUCAUUGACUUGUGCGCAGCCUGUCUCUUCCAAGAAGCAGACCCCUUCUCAUGGCUUUCAUUUAAGCAUUGUUCCUUGCCUGCUUCUGAGUUGACCCUCUCCCCCGAAGGCAGGCUCCAACGGGAUCCCAUCACUCGUUGCAGGAAGCCGGUGUGCGAAACCUCAGUCCCAGGGCUCGAACCUUCCCUGGGGUCCCCAUCCCACAACAACUCAAAAAGAAACAGAUUUAUUGUGUCUUAGCGAAUGGCCAUUAUACACCAACAGAGUCAAACACUAUACAGUUUAAAAGUCCGCCAACAAAACCAUUAAGCGUUGGCUAGUUCUGGCACGUAUUUGUAGAGCCGUGACACGGAAUUCGGACGUUCUAAAAGAUGCAAACUUCUCAGCGUCAGACAAUAGGAAACAAGCCUUAAAAAGCGGGUGGCCUUCCCUUGAACGAUCUUAACAACGGAUGAAUGUAUUUGGUUGUGAGAUUAUUAUAAAUAGAGCAUUUUAGCCGUACAUGAAUAGUAUCUUCAAUUGAUGCAAAAUUGCAAUUGCAUACUCCAUCCUUCUUAGGACCCCCUUUGUGCUGAUCCACCCAGUCUGCCAAUGGUAGGGUGACCCUAUGAAAAGGAGGACAGGACAGGGCUUCUGUAUCUGUAACAGUAGGGUGACCCUAUGAAA